ACGCAGCUCAUGCACACUAGUUUUUAGCUAGUUAUCUCUUCAGACCUGCAAGAAGAAUAGAAUAACCGCUAAUAGAAGAACAACGAAUCAAAAAAUGAAUUCGACGAAGGGUUUCACAGACUGUAUUUUCUGGACUUCUGGUCACAUCAAUCCUCUCAACUACGACUCAUCUAGUUUCUUUUACGUGAGUCGAGCAGUGGUUGCAAUCAAUUGUAUUUCUUCACCUGUUUCUGCGGUUGGUAAUGGUCUUGUAUUCUUGACAAUCAUGACCACAACUUCGCUUCAAAAUCCUUCAAAUGUUCUUAUCGCAUCGCUGGCUUUAUCGGACUUCCUGAUUGGACUUAUCGUGCAGCCGUUGUUUACAGCAAUUGUUAUGCGCAAAAGUCUCUUCAUAAGUUGUAACUUUGAAGAUGGUACAACAUUUAUGGGCUUCUUGUGCACUUCUAUAUCAGCAACGUUGAUGGCAGCGGUUAGUUGCGAGCGAUACAUGGCCUUGUUUCUUCAUCUCAGGUACAACACUCUGGUAACGACCAAAAGAGUUAUCAUUGCCGUUUUACUGAUCUGGAUCUAUUGGAUCACCGAUACUUUGGCAUUCUUUCUCGGAGGUAUUGCUUUCAUCUUGGGACAAGUUUUCUGUACCACAGCAUGGCUCUUGUCGUCAUUUGYAAUUUCUCUGUCGUACUUCAAGAUUUUUGGCCUUGUUCGUCACCACCACCGUCAGAUUAACUCCCAGCAAGUAUCAGCCGGAGAUUCUAAGGCAAUUGCGACCUCAUCACAAACUAAGUUGGCCAUCACCAUGGGAUAUGUCAUCUGGGCAUCCCUACUCUGCUACAUGCCUACCACGAUUGUCUUUCAGUGGUUCAUGUUUAGCAAGAAUCCGAAUUCCGCUUUAUUCAACGCGUUUUAUAUGACAAUGACAAUUCAGUUUAUGAGUAGUAGCUUUAAUCCAGUCAUCUAUUGCUGGAGGAGACGGGACAUUAGACUUGCUACUAUUUCUAUGCUUAAAAGCACAUUCGGGCUCAAGCAGAACAAUACCCUGAACCCAACUGGGUACUCGGCCAACACAGAUAGAGAAACUAAGGAGACAUCAAGGGUAGCGUAGCGCAACCGCGCCUCCCGCCUCCCGCCUCUGCAUGGCAUCACUUGUGAGUAGAGUUUGUUAGGUCUCUCCAUGGAUUCGAGGGAAUUUCUUCGGUUUUCUUCUAUUCGCAAAACCUAACAUGCUAAUAUCCUAUUCGAUCUGUGAGUUAGCCAUGCCCUGACUUUGACCAGCCCAAAGCCGGUUGUAGGGUUUGAUCCAUGAGAAGCAUGUCCUAACUUUGAUCAGCCCAGAGGUUGUCUCAGGGUUCGAUCUCAUGAUCUGUGAGUAAGUCAUGCCCUGACUUUGAUCAGCCUAAAGGUUGUUACAGUGUUCGAUAACUCUGAAAAAAUUUAAUUUAAAGAAAAAUCUAUYAAUGUGUCUUAUCACUCGGUAUAUAUCACGGACUCAGCAUUUUAAAUAAAAGGACGCCUUUGACACUGAUUUUGAAUCAGUGCAGCUCAAUUUGUAGGGAUAGGCACGAAAGCAAAACUGCUUUUUGAAUUAAUGACAUUUUCUUUAAAAAUAUGUUUAAUUGUUAAAGACUGUAUUGACGUCUUUGGGAUAGCCAAAGAUAAUCAAAAUACUAAUAAGUUUAUUGAUAUUCUGCUAUAAAGACAAAGGUUGCCGCUUUCUCUCGUAUAUACGAGUCAUAAAAAAAGGAUAGUUAAUGUUUACUAAUAAAUUGUACAACUACUCUCAUUGGUUUAGCGUUCUUAUAUCAUAAUGUUAUUUAUCUUUAAGAUAAAGGAUUCUGCUUUCUCUCGUAU